AUGUCGUCGGCAGCACCGCCACCGCCACCGGCAGCAGAGCCGCCAAAGCCCAAGGACGAAGGCGCAUCGUACCAGGAACAGAUCCAGGAGGCGGCAAGACGCAACAACACAGAACUCCUCUUGCAGAUCAAGUCGGAGCUCGGCAACGACCAGGCGCAACUCGCCCAUUUGAUAAACGAUACGCGAGAAGUGAUAACCAGCAACACCCCCUUGCACCUAGCCUGCAACUUGGGCAACUGGGAGUUUAUAGAUAUCGUCCUUGAUAUCGAGGGCGUUGAGAUUGACCCCAAGAACCGCGCAGGUGAGACCCCCUUGCAUGUUGCCGCUAAAUAUGCCACCCACGAGCCCGACCACGGCUAUUUCAUAAUUGACAACAUGUUGGACGCGGGCGCCGACCCGAGAAUCAGGGAUAACCAAGGUUUGCAGCCUAGAGAUUACGUUGUGCCUCUGGAAUCGAAGUUGCUGGAGUUGCUUGAGAGUGCCGAAUAUGCCAUUUCGAUGGAACCGCACGAGGACGAGCAGGUGAGGGAGUUUGCUGAGGAAGAAGAGGAAGCACAGGAUGGAAGUGCUAGCGAAUCCGACUAA